AUGCCGCCGCGCCGCGCGCCGCAGCCGGCGCCGCCGCCGUUUGCGCCCGCGCCCGAGCCCGCGGCGUUCCGCGACCUGCUCAUCUUCGAGGAGCGCCUCAAGCAGAACGCCGCGCGCCUCAUCCGCAGGCGCCGCAAGUACGGCGUGAUCCUCUCCGUGCUGCUCCUACUCGUCGCCUAUCUCUCCUACCGCGUCUUUCUGCUUCCACCGCCAGCCUUCCAGCCGCUGCACUACGCCCAGAGCGGAGGGCUGCUGUUUGCCGCGACGACGGUGUUUCUCUUCUUCGCGAGCGGCAUGUAUGCCGAGCGCAUCGGUGCGGCGAACCGCUUCGUGCCGCAGGCCAACCGCGCUCUGCGGCCGUUCAAUCUCUACCUCAACGUGCACCCCUCACUGCAGUCCUCUCUCUCGCCCUUCGCCUUUCUCUCACGCGCCAGCAGCAGCGCUGCGCCCGGCGCCACGAGCGUGCCAGCCGGCCUGGCGCCGCCAACAAACCCACGCGGCGAGCUCGUCUUUGCGUCGCGCGUCGCGGCGCCGUUCCGCGAGGGCUACGUGCGCUACCGCAAUGCCUUUGAGCGCCGCCGGCGCGAGAAGCUCGACGAGAAGCGCGCACAGAGCGGCGCUGCGUGGCUCUGGAGCGGCGGCGCCGCAGCGCGCGCUCAGGCCGCCAGCGCGGCCGUCUCGACGCCGCCGAUUGGCGCGGCAGACGAGAAGCGUGCAGCGCGCACAAGAACAACCAGCACUGCGGGACAGGUGGGAGCCGCGCCGCCGCGACGCUCGGGCACGGGCGACGGCACGAGGCGUGCGCGCUCGGGCACUGCUGGGAGCACGGCGUCCAAGGCCGCGUCGACGUCUUCGCGUGCCUCCUCACCCACCCGAGGACACACACGCGGCGCCGCGUCCGUCUCGUCGCUGAGCGCUGCGGGCCAAGCGCCCGCCUCGUCCUCUUCUGCGACGCCCGAGCCAUCGCGCAACGACGGCGAGCAGGCAGUGCCGCCGCCGCGGCGACCGUCGCUGGGCCCUGGUCCGGCGGCUCGUGCCGCGAGUCUGGCGCUGAGCAGCGGCGCACCCGACACCGACAGCUCGGCGCCACUGCCGCCAGACGAGAGUGCUUCGCAAUGA